GCGCCUGCGGAGCCCGCGGUGUGCGGCAGGGGCGGGGCGGCGCAGGCGCGGGGCAGCGGCCGGAGCCGAGGUAAUGUAAGCAUUUUAGUUAGAUGAGAGAGAGGAAACAGGCAUGUCAGCUCUUUGUCCACCACCAUCUCCUGCAGUUGCUAAGACAGAGAUCUCUUUGAAUGGCGAGUCACCAUUACUAGCUGCCACUUUUGCUUACUGGGACAAUAUUCUUGGCCCCCGAGUGCGGCACAUUUGGGCUCCAAAGACAGAACAGGUACUUCUCAGUGACGGUGAAAUAACUUUUCUUGCUAACCACACCCUAAAUGGAGAAAUACUUCGGAAUGCAGAAAGUGGUGCAAUAGAUGUGAAGUUCUUUGUUUUGGCCGAAAAAAGAGUAAUCAUUGUGUCAUUGAUCUUUGAUGGAAACUGGAACGGAGACAGAAGCACAUAUGGACUGUCAAUUAUACUUCCGCAAAGCGAACUUGGUUUCUACCUGCCCCUUCACAGAGUGUGUGUGGAUAGGUUAACACAUAUUAUAAGGAAAGGAAGGAUAUGGAUGCAUAAGGAGAGGCAAGAACAUUUCCAGAAGAUUGUCUUGGAAGGCACAGAAAGAAUGGAGGAUCAGGGUCAGAGCAUCAUUCCAAUGCUGACAGGAGAAGUCAUUCCUGUAAUGGAACUCCUUUCAUCUAUGAAAUCACACAGUGUUCCAGAAGAAAUUGAUAUAAGUGACACAGUGCUAAAUGAUGAUGACAUUGGGGAUAGUUGCCAUGAAGGCUUUCUCCUCAAUGCAAUUAGUUCACACCUGCAGACCUGUGGUUGCUCUGUAGUUGUAGGAAGCAGUGCAGAAAAAGUUAAUAAGAUUGUGAGAACGUUGUGCCUGUUUCUCACACCAUCUGAGCGGAAGUGUUCCAGACUCUGUAGAAGUGAGUCCUCUUUCAAAUAUGAGUCAGGACUUUUUGUUCAAGGCUUACUCAAAGAUGCAACAGGAAGCUUUGUGUUGCCCUUCCGUCAAGUAAUGUAUGCCCCAUACCCUACUACUCAUAUAGAUGUGGAUGUCAAUACAGUGAAGCAGAUGCCACCUUGUCAUGAACACAUCUAUAACCAACGACGAUACAUGAGAUCUGAACUGACAGCAUUUUGGAGAGCUAAUUCAGAUGAAGAAAUGUCUCAAGAUCAUAUUAUCCACACAGAUGAGAGUUUCACACCUGAUUUAAAUGUCUUUCAAGAUAUCGUGCAUAGAGAUACAUUAGUAAAAGCCUUCCUGGAUCAGAUUUUUCACCUGAAGCCUGGCUUGUCUCUAAGGAGUACUUUCCUUGCACAAUUUCUGCUAGUCCUUCACAGAAAAGCCUUAACUUUAAUAAAGUACAUAGAGGAUGACACGCAAAAAGGCAAAAAACCUUUUAAGUCUCUUCGUAGCUUAAAGAUAGAUCUUGACUUGACAGCAGAGGGCGAUCUUAACAUAAUAAUGGCUUUGGCUGAGAAGAUUAAACCAGGUCUACACUCCUUUAUCUUUGGGAGGCCGUUCUACACCAGUGUACAAGAACGCGACAUGCUUAUGACAUUUUAAAGUCUUCCCUGCAUCUGAUAUUGCAGUCCUGCAGAACACGAAAUCUGUCAGUGGCACCCCCAAACUGGUGACAAGCAUUGUCGACUGAGGGUAAAGCAUCAGGAGCGCAGUGACGUUGAGGUGUGUCUCAGGCAGUAAGGGUCUUGUUAGAGGGAAUUUCAGCUUAGCUAUAUAAGCAUGAUUUUAAUUAAUUGGUCUCUUCUGUGUGUUUUUUAAAUUGUAAAUGUUACCAGAGGUUACCAGAGAUUCCUUGGCCAUAUUGGCUUGGUGGAUAAAUGUGAUUAUGUUUUGGUGUAUGGUAAAAGGAAGCAUUUUAAUUUUUAUUCCCUAGAAACUUCGUUCAAGUGUGUGUCAGAUUUUCUAUGUCCUGCUGUGUCAGUAUUUUCAGUGUUCCCACAGAAAACAGUAUAUAUGUCCUCACUAACCUUGGAGGUUGCAGAAAAUGUUCCUUCCAAGAGUUUUUAAAACUGUUGUUCUUAUGUAUGUGGUGCAAAUCUUAAAUAUGACUUUUACUCUUCUGCCUCUUUUAACACUAUUGCCUUCUUCCUUUAGAGCAUUUAAACAUAUUUGCAGUUUUAAUAUACUACAAAGUGCUAUUUCUGAGUGCAGAUCAUUGAUUAUAUGCAGCUUAAAUAGCAGUGCAUUGCACGUGGGAAUUAGAUCAUUACUCAAGCAGCUUUGUGCAUGUAAGUGCCAGUCAGGAUACUCUUAUCAUGUCAUUCUGGACUGUCCUGCAGUGGAGUCAGUGAUCCUGGUCAGUAGUCAGCUGACUGAGGUCUUUCAAAACACAAAACAGAAAACUCGUGUCAUUCCACAGCAGUUGUCAGUCCUUCUGUGUGUAAACUGCUACUGGUAGUUGCACUGUCAGUUUCCAUGAGGCUCAUAGAAUCGUUUGGAAUGGAAAAGACCUUCAGGAUCAUUGGGUCCAACCAUUAACCCAGAGCUGCCAGGUCCACCUAUAAACCUUGUUCCUAAGUACUACAUCUAUACAUUUUUGGAACUCUUCCAGGGACAGUGAUUCCACCACUUUCUGGGCAGACUGUUCCAGUGCUUGACAAAAUAUUCAGAUUAAAGUAUUAGACCUUUCCAAAGAACAUAAAGGUGAUAGCUGAGAUAAAAGACAAAACAGUACUUUUUUUUCAUUUACAUGACCAUUAAUAUAUUUAAUAAUCCUUAAUUUAGAGAUGUGCGCGGCUAUGAACUGAUGUGAUUAGCAUUUUUGUAAGUUAACUCUAGUCAUUAAGCUUACCUAUCUUCUUAGUUCAGCUUAGCGUAUCUCCCACUUGGCUUGAAAAUCAAAACACAUUUUCUAUUGGUAUGUCUCAGCCUUUCACUCUCAGUAACGUAUUAGAGCAAUGCAGUGUCAGGUGAAUCCAGACUUUUUUUUUAACCGAGAAAUCAGAGAUAUAUCUGUAGUGCACAUUUUUGUACUCUGCUCUUUUUGGACAAGUUUAGGAAUUUCUUUAUGUCAUGUUUCAGCAUAAAGUCAUAACUCAGUCUUCACUGGAAAAGGGAAAGAUCUGCACUGACUGGAGAAGCCAUGGCUGCUUUGUUGCUUACCUUGUUUAAAGCUCUCCUUUGUAAAUAGGUUUCUAUUUUCAAGAUAGUGUUUUAGUAUUACCUUCAUGCGGUCUGACAGAAAAGUUAGAAGUUGGAGUCCCAUUUUUCCUGAAAUGUCUAAUACUCAGAUUUUAAAAGAAAUACUGUCCUUUAUUUAGAUGCCCAAAAUUCCAGUAUUUUUCCUGAAAGACAAAGAUCCUCUAUCAAAUGUUUAGAACCUCUAAAAGAUGUGAAAUUAAGCUCCAUCUGCACACCAUUUUUGUGAGUUUGCAUCAUCAGUAUUACCAGGUUGCAAAAGAACUGACAUUUUGUGCAGACAUCUUUUUGCUGUACAUGCAUGUAGAACUCUUGCAUUAACUUGGUGGUUCAUCAAAGGAACUUGUCAAUUACAUAAGUUACUUGUGCUGAGUUUGUCAUUCUACCACUGCUGUUCCCUUCUGUGUUUUUAAUGAAGACAUUAGAGCCUGAAUGGGCGUAAGUUGUUACUCUCAUGGGUAAAUAGUGAAAAAAAUGUAAUAAACACUGCCAAAACUUCUAAUGUAGAAGUUGUGUCAAAAUAUAGGAGCUUUAAAUCUGCGGCUGAAAUUAAUCCUUUCAGCUUGAUAAGCAUUGGAAACUAGACACUGACACUACUAACAGAGAAGCUUUUGUUUACUGAAGAUUAUGUUCUUUUUUUGAAGUUACUAAAAACUGGAAAUUCAAUUGCUACUUUUGUUGCACAGCUGUCACAAGUGCAGAAUGUAUAGUUAAGUACAUUGUUAAAUGCAUCUGCAUGUUGUGUUGUAAAUCUAGCUCAGGAAGCAAAGUAAUAAAAUUCAUGCACAAUUUUUGGACUUUAAUUGUUGUUGAUUUUUUUUUUCACAUAUUUCUGCUCUGUAUCUAAAAGCAUCAUUAUCUUUUAUGCUUUGAAUUAAAGAAGAAACCUUUCUUCCUUCUUGUUAAAUUUAUUUAUGCUUGGUUGCUGUCACUGAUGAAAGUCACAUGUUAUUUAGUUCCUUCAUUUGUUAAGGACUUAGUCAUUUCAAGCUGUGACCGAUGGGACUUGCUAUGCCUCUGAUGUACUCAAUUUAAAUCCCAUAGGUGAGAGGUUAGAAUGUUUUAUCUAGCAGUCAGUGAAUACCUUUCUUCAGGAUUUUCUUUCCUUACAUUUGAAAGAAAAUAGCAAAUUUAUUUCUUCCAGCUGGAUUUGAAAAGAAAGUACUGUUUUCAAGCAUUUUUACUAGCACAUUUUUCCUGGUAUUUGCACACCUAAAAAGAUAGCACAGAAAAAUAUCCACUGGAAUGUCUUACAUAUUAGGACCACAGAGGAUAUUCCCUGUCCAUAUAUGCCAGUAUGUUGUAGUGUCAGUUUUAUUCUAGGGCAGAAUAUGCAUUCGGCUUCUUAUAUCUAAGCAAGCAGUUGGUUACACCAAUACAGAGUGCCAGGACUUCUCCACUCAGUUCUGUACUGGCAAAUGAUGUUAGAAAACUUUCUCUUCCUAUUCUCAGACCUGUGAGCACAAAGGAAUGUGAUCCAGAACAUGAGGACAAACAGGUAGGGUGGUCCCCUCUGUUGUCUAAUCAGAGCCUACAAAGCAAGUACUUUGUCCUCUUCAGCAAUGAGAAGGCACAAACCGUACUCAUUAGUAUGCAGAGUAGGUUUUUGCACAAGAGUAGAACUUGGUUGUCUUGUUUGCCUUCAUCCUGACACAGAGCUCCUGUUGCACUUCCUACUUGGGCAAAACACUAAGGAAGCUCCAGGGCAGCAUGUGGUUAUUUGCAAAGUUGUUCACAUGAUAUUUCAGUUAUAGAAAGUAAUUAUCUCACUUCUCAAAGCCAUGCUGUUCAUAUGCCUGCCCAAAAGUUUCAAACAUAGAAGAUUUUCAAUUGAAGUUCAGAAGUAUGAAGUAAAGGAUGCAUUCCUGACAACGGCCAUCAAGUAAGUCGGGGGCAGCUUUUAAAAGCAAAAGAUCAGAGGAAAGAGAAAUUACUUAACACAGAAUUGCGACUGGUAAUUGUUCCUUUCUCUUAGAUACUCCUGUCUUUAUUGUCACAUAGAUGGAGGAGGCCUUUGACAACUGGAAAAGAGCCAAAAGACUGAGGAACUGCAGGUUGACCAGUUUUACUCAGGUAUUAAACAAAAUCAUGCCAUAUGUUCUCUUAGACUUUGUGUCUUACCACAUGAGGGAGGAAAAGGUGAUUGGGAGUUACCAGCACAGAAAAGUGAAUAAUGCUUCAUCCAUCUCAUCAUAUUUUGUGAUAAAUGCCUGGAUUUGAGGAUGUGGAGAAUGGGAUGUAACAGGCUGACUUCAGCAAGGCUUCCAGCACCUUCCCACAAUCUCCCUGUAGCCAAGCUGGUGUUGAGGUGGAGAUGUGUGCCCCACAAGAGCAGUAUCUAUCUCGUUGGGUGUUUAGGCUUAGAUGUGAUGGCCACUGGGUCAUAUCUGACUGGAGGCUGCUGCCCUGUGGGAUCCCAAAGGGUCUCCCCUGGAGUUUGACUUGUGCAAUGUCUCUAUCCAUGACCUGAGGAGGUGACCAAGGCCUUCAGGUUUGCAGGUGGUGCCAAGUCAGGGAUCGCUGUUCAACAUGCACAAGGGCGGGGCAGCUGUCCAUAGGGAUGAGGGUGGGAGGAAAGGAUGGGUUCCCCAUGUCCUUGGAGCUGCAGAAAAGGGCAGCCCUGCCUUGGGCUCGAAGCCACGAGACCAUGGGCAGCUCUGGGGAGAUGGCUCUGGGUCCUGGUGAGCUUAUGGCCCAGGAGGACAGCUGGGCAGUGGGGAUCACUCAGAGAAGGGCUCUAUUUCUCUGCCUGGAGGGUUCCCAGGCUUCACAGGAUAACAUCCUGGUCUGACCAUAGGGCUGAGCCUGCUCUGAGCAGGAAGAUGAAUGGAGACUCUCUGAGGUGCCUACCAGCACAAAGUGUGCUGUGGUGGCAGCCAUUUUUCCUUAGGCCAGAGAAAACAGGUGGGCAGUGACCUCUGGAGGGUAAGGGUCCAACCCCCUGUGUGGACCAGGCCAACUCCUGUCAACAUUGCUCAUAGAAUGGUCUGGUCUGUUCUGACCAGAACUUCAUUCCAAAAGCUUUGAGGUGGCCUUGGGUUCACCAGUAAAACUGGAGAUAUGCUGGUACAUGAAUCUCAAAAAGAAAAGUAUAGGUAUCAGGAAUACUUCAUCUCUAGGGUCUAGUGCACAUGUUAAAAUUAAUGGCAGCAUGUCCUCUAGUUGAAAGAUUGGGAUUAAUCAGGACUUUUUGUAGAAACAUCUCUCUAUAGCAAGGAAACAAAGACUUAAGAUAGAGAAAUUUACACAUCUAAGCAAGGGGGAGUAAGUAAAGUUCAUUUCUGGCUGAAUUUCAAAGUAAAAGUGUGAUUCUCAAAGGCAAAUAUCUGAAGCUUCAUCCCUAAUCUGUAUCUAACAAAAAGCCAAAAUAUUUGAAAAUGUACAACAGCCAGAGGCUAAUGGAUGCAACUUUGAGGUCAAUGCCAGUCUCUUCCAUUUAUAAAAUGGUCUCAUUAUAGAACCAGAGAGUGUCUUACAGCUUCAAUUAAAUAUGAUUAAUGGACAGACUUGUUGUUUUCAGUUGAAGCAGGAAUGUAAGAAAUUAAAGGUCAGGGAAAUUUGUACUGCAGCCUAUACACAAUAAUUCAAUAUUUUUUGCUGAAGUGUUAAGCUGACUGAUGAAACUGCAGUUUUGGCCUUCAACAUUCAUCCAUGAAAAUACAAAGCAGUUUGUCCUGUGUGUCUCAGGCUGCCUCUUCACUGGAGAUUAGUCCUGUGUCACUUCAUCACAUUCUGUGCCUUGCCUCUGUAACAGCAGUAUAUGAAAAUAGUUUCUGAUAACGUGGCAUCUGGAGGAAGGACCUUCUGGCAUUUUGGGUUUUUUUAGUAGCCAAAAGCCCCUCCACAGACAAAACACAAAUUGCACAAGGGACCUGGAUAAUAAGUAAUGACUAAUUAACUUUAUACCAGCUGUAUACCAGCUGUAUUCUCUGUUGGCAGAGAACUGGAUGCUGGCAGGACGAAGAACAUUUUGGGUUCAGUCUGCUUUUAGCAUCAUAACUGCCAAAGUCUGAAGCUUUCCCUUGAGGUUGAAGACUUGAGAGGCAGCUGAUGCAAACAUGAUUGACAUGUUUUUGAAUGAUGAUCACGCUAGAAGGAAAUGUGUAGGACAGCAAAGUUCUCAGUGAUCUAGGCAAUCGGAUAUACCAGCUUUUAAUUAAAUAACAAUGCAGGGUAUUAGCUUUGACUGUCACAGUGUUAAUUAUAGGUUUGAAGUCCAGUGAAACCCAUAAGCAUGCAAUUGCUGUCAAAUUACAUUUUUGUUAGUGUGCAGAUGCAAAGGUGCAAAGUGAUUCCCUCCCACACCACAUCUAAUGGACACCAUCCAGAUGAUGGGUUGUCCAAGGAGGGUCCCUUUAGCAUCCCAGUGUGUGGGGGCAUGCAGGUCAGCAUCACUGUCUGCCAAUAUUCAUGCUGUUGCUGAUAGGGGAUUUAUCUUCCUUUUUCUCUACCUGACUUCAUACUUUACUCCUCAUUUUUUAUUAUUUUAAGCUGACAUUUUUGCCAUCUUUGCAUCUUACUCCACCAAGCUCCUCUCAGCACCCCACACCUGAUUUUUUUUUUUUCCAUUAGUCCUAGUUUUGCUGCAUUCACACAUAAACGUGUUGUUUCUGAUACUGUUCACUUAGGCAGCUCUGGGCAUACGUGGCUUUUUUGGCCAUAUUGGACAUAUGUAACUUUACCAACAGUGAAGCUCAGUGUGAGUAGCUUUGCACUCAAAGCUGUCCAGCCAUUGUUCACUUCAGCCUGGUUGGACUUACUCCUAGACAUAAUUGCUUGACUUUAUCCUCCAUGCCCUUGGCUAGUUCAAACUGAGCAUGAGCAAGUUCUCCCUAUACACACCAACAGUUUACAUACCACAGAAGCAGAGUAACUUGUUUUUUCACACAUCUGCUGUGGUCUGUCACAGGUCUCCCAUAGGACCCUGGCUGCUGUAGGGCCACAUGUCCCACAGGACCUUUGGUAUGCCAAGGCCAAGAGGAUUGUGAGCUGCAGAAUUGGCAGGAAGCCGAGCUUUCAGUGCCAGGACCUCCAGGAUGGGGAAACACAGUCAUUAACAAGGUUCCUUAUAGGCAUAAAAGCAUGUGGUAGCAGUACAGCACUUCAUAAAACAAGGUUUUUGUUAUGGUUCAGGGAGUUGCAUGAUGCCAUCAUGUCUUGAUUGCAGUGCACUCAAGAUGGACAUAGAUGUUUGCAGUGGAUGGUUGCAGUGGAUGUUUGACUUCCUGUGACUCCAUCAAAUAAAAUUACUCGUAUAUUGAAGUGAAGGGAGAAGACCAUCCAAUUGAUGAGCAUCGACUCCGAUUUAUUGAUCAACCAGGCACCUUUUAUAAGUGUUAAUUCACUUCAUGCAUAUUGCAAAAUCUGAGCUCCAAAUAGGCUGUAGAGAAAACUUCAGCUCCUCCUUUUGUUUACAAUACCUGAAGUUUGUUUAUUGAAACCAAGAUCAGUGUUCUCACCAUGAUAUGAAAAGUUCUCAAAACCUUUAUAUCUGUUCCCAGAACGGCCAUCUGUUCCCAGAGCAGCCAAGGACGGAAUAUUGCCUGUUUUUGAGAAAACGGUCUGAGAAUCUUGUUGUUUAUAUAAAAGGUGGCUGAGAACCUUAAUUAUUUACAGAAUCAAGCCUGGGAACUGCUGCUUUACAGCAGCCUUUUAUUUUUCCCUUAGCUGAAUACCUUCAUGGCCUCUUUCUUUAAGCCAUGCUUGAACCAGUCUCUCCACACUCUUCAAUGCCAGCUAAUAGUUGCCAUGGUAGCUCUAUAAUUUGUGAAUUGUACUUUGGACCCUUUCACCCUCUCUCUAGUUCAACACAAAAAACAGCUAUAUUUUUAAACAUGUUUUAGGAUAGUUGCAGUGUUACUGAGCAUUGGGCUGAACUGUCUUUAUAGCUAUCUGUAUUUCAAGCAAGAUUUCCACAUAGAUAUAAAACUUACAUAAAUAAAGUGUAAACUGUGAAGAUGGAACAAAAAAAAAAAAAAAUGUUCCAGUCACCUUUCUGAUAAUGCAUUUAAGAAAAAAAAAUUAAAAACAUUCUUAGCUAAUAGACUUCAUUAACUUUUGGCAUGUCUCUUCAAACCAAUCACUGAAUUUUCAUUCACAUCUUUCCAUAUAUCAAUAGAUUUCUUUGUCCAUUUAUGAGCAAACCUACCACUCUGUUACGUGUGAAAAUAAAUGUCUGUCUGUUUAACUAUUCUUAUGGAUGUGGUGACAAUGUGAUGUCUUUAAUUAGUUCCAGAGAAGUGUCAGCUUGUAAAUGUACUUAUUACCAAUAAAAGGUAGCCAAAUCUAUAGCAUCACA